CUCCGGUGUCUCCCGCUCCCCCUGCGCUACCGCUUUAUCAGUCCGGUCCCGACUCGCCUGCAGCACGCGCGCACGGUCUCCUGUCCGCGAACCGCCUGCCUCGCGACGAGCUGCAGACGCUGCUGGAAGCAGCACAGAUAUGGACGAACGGCGACAUGGGGGCUUCCAGGUGCCCCGGUCAUCCUGGUCGCACCGGCGCGGGCGAUGGCGCAGCCGCUGGAUGCCCAACAAGGUCAACAGGUCGCCUCGGCAGCAGUUCGGAGUGUACGCCACCCACGCUCAGCACGGCAGGUCGGGGAGGACGCCGCUGGACAUCAGGCGCCGGUCGCUGUCGCUGUCGCCUGGACGGGGAGGUAGAGUCCGUCUGCGCCGCUCAACGACAACCCCGCCGCCGCCUCCUCAAGGUGACAGCAGCCCUGCCCCGAGCAGCUCACACCCUUCUCACCAGCACGAACCCCUAGGCGACCCACCCGGUGCCCAGGACGAGGAAGGUGAAGAUGGUCAACGGAAAGAACCACCCCCUCGUAAGAAGCUUCGGGUAUACGGACCGACGAGAUACCAUGACGAAACAAUAAGGGACGUGCCCGAGCUGGAAGCUGAGGCCAAGCCCGAGGUGAAAGUCAAGUCUGAGCGCAAUCAGCGAAAUGUCGAACGCUCUGCUGAGGCUGCUGAGACACUUAUGGUUAAGUCGGAGAUCGUCAGCGUCCAACCCCAAAACGACCGAAUGGUUCGGCCAACGGUGAAGUCGCAGAUCGUUAAGGUCGAACCAAAAAUUGAGCCUCAAGCUGACACCAAGAAGGAGCCAGAAGCCGACACCAAGAAGCAACCACAAGUUGAGGGAAAGGAGGAGCUCAAAGUUCAACCCCAGUCCGAGCAAAAGCCCGAACCUAGCAGGCACGGUGAGAAGCGACAUGCCAGUUCUGACAAGCCUGAUACCUCGCCUGAUACAGCCGUAGAGGAGCCAGUGCUGGGCAUCGACCUGGGAACCACUAACUCUGUGGUGGCCGUUGUCCAGGAUGGCGACGUGGAGGUGCUGCACAACGAUAUAUGUAGCAGGUUGACACCUAGCUGCGUGCACGUGUCCGAUGUUCGCCAGGUCGGCGAGGGAGCCCUGCGGCUGGCCGUGACCGACCCGGACAAGACCGUCAGAAAUAUCAAGUGCGUCCUUGGGCGACUCUACCAAGACAUCAUCGAGGACUCCUCCCGGCCCCUCGGUCCAGUUCGAGUGGAGCUUGACUCGGCGACCGGCAAUGCAUUCGUGGCUGUUGACGAGCAUCGCCUCCCGCCCGAAGUGGUGGCCGCCUCGAUCCUGGUGGAGCUAAAGAAGGCGGCGGAGGCGCACCUGGGGCGCGCCGUCAGCAAGGCAGUGAUCUCCGUGCCGACCUACUUCAACGCGGCGCAGCGCCACGCCGUGAGGGACGCAGGGACCCUAGCCGGGCUAGAAGUGCUGCAGCUGGUGAACGAGCCCACGGCCGCUGCCAUGGCGUACGCGCACGGACGGGAGUUCACCAAGACCAUCGUGGUGGUGGACGUGGGGGGCGGCGGCAGCAGCAUCUCCGUCGUCCGGGUGGACCACGACAAGAUCAGCGUCCUGGCCAGCUCGGGCCAGCCUCUGCCGGGCGGGGAGGACUUCGAUAACACGAUGAUGGAGCACCUCAAGCAGAUUAUAAAAUCAAAACUCCAAAAAGAUGUCACUGAUGAAAGAUCUAAUGAAAUUUUAAGAUCUAACUUUGAAAGGGCAAAGCAGAAGCUGUCCAGAAUACCUCUUGCCUCAAUAUCUACUUUCUUGCCUGGUGUUGAUAUGGACUGUGAGAUAGACAUCAAACGUGAAGAUUUUGAAUCUGUGUGUGAAGUCAGCUUCAAUCUUAUAGCCCGAACUAUUGUGUCUAUUGUAAAGGCUUCAAAGGUGGAUGCAAUAGAUGAUGUCAUUUUAAUUGGAGGAUCCACCCGCAUUCCCUCUCUGCGCUCACUUAUUCAAAAAGUACUUGGUGGUAAAAUAGGAAAAGCUAUUAAUCCAGAUGAAGCUGUUGCAAAGGGUGCUGCUCUUUUGGGGGCAGGUUGUGUGAAAUUGUCUCAAGAAAUUUUAACAGCAACUUGUUCAUUCUCAAUGGGUAGUUCCCUCCAUCAAAUACCUUUGCAACAGCCAGUUCCACUUCGUAGAAAGAUACAAUGCUCUAAUGAUAUCAAGUUUAAACAAAAUGGGAAAAUAGUGAUCAUCUGGAGCAAGCCUGAGGUACCCAAUGUGAUCUUAAGUAUAUGUGAAAGUGGUAUAAUUAAAUUUAAGGGCACAAAUGGCCAACCACACUUUAUGCGCCCUCGCGGUUGCCUCUCUUUUCGAAAGCAAAGAGAGUGGAGAAAAAAAAUGGAGAAGCAGGCUAUGGAAGAAACCCUAGAGCUUGACAGAGUCAAGCAUAAAAACAUCUUGGAGAAUGCUAUUCGUGAACAGCUGUCUAAGGAGGUUAAAGACCCUCUUCAUCCUAGUACAGUUGUACUUCAAAAGAAGUUUGCUCAGGAACUUGAGUGGCUAGAAGAGAACCCUCGUGCGCCUCUUGAGGAAUUAACAAAGCGAAAGGAGGAACUACACCAAUUGGGGGUUGCAUGGAACCAUGAAAUGGCCAAAAAGGAGGAGGAGGACACUAAAGCUCAACUGGCUUUUGCUCUUAAUAAUAUACUUAACCGUAAGAUCUCUGAAAGUGAUAUUGCUAGGGAUAUUGAGGUCCAACUCAAGAAGAGAUGUAAAGAUUUCUGUGCCAGGCUUAAAACUCUAAAUUUUAAGGACUCAUUAGAAGCAGCGAAAGAGUAUAUGUCAAUGUAUGAAAGCAUUCAUAAAGAAGAUCAAGCUUUGACGGACGAACGUUUUAAAAGAACAAUUGCAAUGCAGAAUUUGGAGGAAAAGCUGAGAGCUGCAAUGUUUGUGGAUCAAAAUGACAUUGCUCUCCAAGAGGCCCUCAAAGUUAAAGAAAAGUGGACAGAGAAGUGGAACUGGCUUCUAGGGAAGCCUGCAGAAUCUGCAGAAAAUGUGCUGGAGUAUUGCAAACAAGUCAAUGAAGAUCUGUUGCAUUUAUCAAGCUUACGCGAUGAAGUUGCUAAUGCAGUCCAUAAUUUUAUGGAGGUGGAUGAGGAGGCGAAUGAAAAGAAUUUUGCAGCUGUAGGAGUUCUGGUUGGGAAGUGUGAUCUGACCCAGACUAGGCCACAGGACAAUUUUGCUGUGGUGUGGGACAACGUACAGGCGGUUAUUGCUGAUAGCGCCCAGGCUCCGCUCGCGGUUCCCCCGUUGAUGCUGUCCUGUCUCGCCGACGCCCUGGCCAUGCAGGCCCUGCGCGAGGCGCACGCGGCCCAGAGGGCGGUCUUGCUCGUCGACAAGGCCGUCACGGAGCGGUGCGACCUCUUGUCGCUCGGCGUUUGCUUCGCGGAUGCCGCCGGCAACACUGUGGAACGCCUGCUGCUGGUGCGCCAGGUGGACUACUCCCUCGGGGUGCCUGCUGCAGAUGACGUGCUCUUCGCGGACUUCCAGGCGCUGUGCUCUCGCUGCGGCGUGGACUGGAGGCACAAGUGGCUGAUGGGGGUUUGCACAGACUCCUCGGGCGCCUACGGGGAGGCCUUCCUGGCGCGCAUGCGGGACGCUGUGGCAGACCCGACACGCAUUCUAAAGCUGCCCGGCAGGAGCCGCCUGGACGAGAUGGUGGUGGCCAAGCUCCACGCGGCCGCCGCCGAGACUGAUUUUGACGCUGAAAAGGCUCCCCUCGGCGUCAGCGACACCUUCUGCACCCUCGACGCGUUGAGGAAAUUGUUCGCCGCGGACGGCCGGUGGUUCCCGGUGCUCAGGGACGCGUGCGGGGACCUGGAGGACGGCGACGACCCCUGGGCCACGUACGAGGACAGCGUGGGCUUCACACGCAGACACCGCGAGGCGGUGCUCAAGGCGCUGUUCGAGGUGGCGAAGCACGACCCAGCCCAGCAACAGCACGCCAGGCACCUGCACGGCAGCGUCUUGUCCGAUUGGCCGCGCUCUUCCUUCUGGUGCGUGAUCCAGCUGUUCGACGAACUCUUCAGGCUGACUCACCCGUUCAGCCCCGACUUGGACUUCGGUGAGCUGCUGCGGCGUGCGGAGUUCUUCCCGGAGUUCAAUGUCCCGGCCUGCGAGGCCAAUUUGCUGAACCGCAUGCGGGCUCCGCUGCUGCAGAGCCGUGCCAGAAAGUGGACCGAGGCGGACGAAGAGUAUCUAUCGCAGACGGUGAGGCUGUGCACCAGUUCGACGGCCGACGUGCUGGAGCUGGUUGAGCGCGUCCUGGCCGAGUACUACCCGUACAUGCAAAUCUUGCACCCCUUCCUGGGCUUGGGCAACCCGCCGCCGGAGCUGCUCUCAAGGGUGGACGACAAGGCGUUCGUGGCCGACGUGCAACGCAUGGGGCAGGGCUUCUCCGGCGUGGAGCACCCCGCCUUCCCCUCGGUGCCCGCGUUGCUGCUCCACUGCAGGGAGCACUUCCCCGCCCUGGGCGAGAAGCUGAGCAGCAUCUCCGCGCUCCCAUACGCGGCCCCGCCCGAGAGCUCGCGCGCGGUCGACCUGCUGCGGGAGGGCUCGCGCCGCCUGCGCACCUGCCCGCUGUACAGCCUCCCCCACGCCAUCGUGGUGGCCAUGAGUCCCAGGGGAGCUCGAGACGGCCAUGUCCUGGACAGGGCGACCAAGAUGUGGCACCGUCAGCAGACUGCCAUGUGAAUAGCAUGGGACACACGAUUUUAUGUUAUGUUGAGGCAGCAUUUGCGCCGCCCGCAGGAAGAAGUUCCAUUUAUGUUGACUGCAGAACUUUCAUUUAGGUGUAAAUAUAUGUUUAUUUGACUGAUUUUCCUGAAAGUUCACUUAUUUGUGUGUUAAGUGAAAGUUUGAUGUUAUAUUUGUCAAAGUUAGUUGACUAAUUUCUAUCUGGCUGAUUUCAGUGACGGAAUCAUCUUGCCUGAUUGUAGAAACAUUAAAGAAUUAAAAUAUUGUGUUCGAUUGUUUAAUAUGCUUUUAAUAAGUGUAAUCUUGUACAAUGUCACUUACAGUAAAACUUAAAAAAUAAUAAUCAUGAUUCUAGGUAAACAAA